AUGGGGAAGGUGCCGCCACAGACCCAUGACCUGAUGCUCCGCGGGGGCUUCAAGUAUGACGCCAAGAAGGACAAGUACUUCAUGAAGUCGGAGGCGGAGUGGGACAGGCAGAAGCGGAUCGACAAGGGCAAGAAGCAGUACGCUGUACCCGCAAGCACCAUCGAGGAGUUCCACCAAGAAGAGGAGAAGAUGGUGGAUGCCCUCCUAGACCGACUCAAGAAGAAAGCUGAGGCUGAGGGCAAAACAGUUGCCGAUGGCGACGGCGACGACGACGAGGCAGCAGAGGUGAGGCCGAAGAAGAAAAAGAAAGCCGCGGCGGUAGAGGAGGGUGAAGAGGAGCCGGAGGACAAGGCAGCCAAAAACGCAAAGAAAGCCAAGAAGAAGCAAGUGGAGGAGGACGAGGAGGACGAGUGA